AUGCCAGGGUUCAUCGACCCCCGAAUGACCAACGUCAAGCCCCGCAUCCGCUACAACACCAUUGGAGGCAUUAACGGACCGCUGGUCGUCCUGGACAAUGUCAAAUUUCCCCGCUACAAUGAAAUUGUAUCGCUGACACUGCCCGAUGGCACGGAGCGUUCUGGUCAAGUAUUGGAGGCCAGAGGAAACCGAGCUAUUGUGCAGGUGUUUGAGGGCACUUCGGGUGUUGAUGUGAAGAAGACGAAAGUCGAGUUCGCUGGUCAUAGUUUGAAGCUUGGGGUGUCCGAGGAUAUGCUAGGUCGUGUGUUCGAUGGUUCAGGACGUGCUAUCGACAAGGGCCCCAAAGUGCUUGCGGAAGACUACUUGGAUAUUAAUGGCCAGCCUAUUAACCCCUACACCCGGGUCUAUCCCGAGGAGAUGAUCUCUACUGGUAUCUCUGCUAUUGACACUAUGAACUCAAUUGCUCGUGGUCAGAAGAUUCCUAUCUUCUCUGCCGCCGGUCUUCCUCAUAAUGAGAUCGCAUCGGCCAUUGCCAGACAAGCAAGUCUAGUCAGGCCUACCAAGGAUGUCCAUGAUGGCCACGAGGAGAACUUCUCCAUUGUUUUUGCUGCUAUGGGUGUUAAUAUGGAGACCGCUCGAUUCUUUACUCGCGAGUUCGAAGAAAACGGAAGUAUGGAGCGUACCACUCUCUUCUUGAACUUAGCCAACGAUCCGACUAUCGAGCGUAUUAUUACUCCCCGCCUGGCUUUAACGACUGCUGAAUACUACGCCUACCAACUCGAGAAGCACGUCCUUGUUAUCAUGACUGAUCUUUCGGCUUAUUGUGAUGCUCUACGAGAAGUCUCCGCUGCCCGUGAAGAAGUCCCUGGCCGCCGUGGUUAUCCCGGUUACAUGUAUACAGAUUUGGCGAGUAUCUACGAGCGUGCUGGUCGUGUUGAGGGUCGAAAUGGUUCUAUUACUCAGAUCCCUAUCUUGACUAUGCCUAACGAUGACAUCACGCAUCCGAUCCCCGAUUUGACAGGCUACAUCACGGAGGGGCAAAUUUUCAUUGACCGUCAAUUGGCUAACAAGGGCGUAUACCCACCGAUCAACGUUCUGCCGUCCCUUUCUCGCCUUAUGAAAUCUGCUAUUGGCGAGGGUCGCACGCGCAAGGAUCAUUCAGAUGUGUCUAACCAGCUUUAUGCGAAGUACGCUAUCGGUCGUGAUGCUGCCGCUAUGAAGGCUGUCGUUGGUGAAGAAGCCCUCUCUGCCGAAGACAAACUGUCUCUGGAGUUCCUGGAAAAGUUCGAGCGUACAUUUAUUAGCCAAUCUUCCCACGAGUCCCGCACCAUCUUCGAGUCUCUGGACAUCGCCUGGAAUCUACUCCGAAUUUACCCAAGGGAGCUCCUUAACCGUAUGCCCAAGCGUACUCUUGAUGAGUUCUACGCCCGUUCCGCUCGCAAGAUUGCUAGUAAGGAUACCCGCGACAACUCGGGCGACGAGCAAGAUACCACAGCGCAGCAAAGUACCAACCUCAUUGAUGCGUAA